AUGGCCCACAAGGGAAGAACUGCUGAGGAGAUAUCACUGCACGUGACAAUCACCAUUCCCACUGCGGAGUUUAGUCAUCAGCAGCAGCACCGUCACAACCAGGAGGCAGCAUCAGCGCAAGCAAGAUCUCAUGCGUUCGCUGGUGCGUUAUUAUAGGGCAUAAUGGCGUCUAGGCUGAUAAAACGCCUGCUGACGCAGCACCGCCUGCUGGCAGAGAAUGAGCUCCAUGGAAGACAAGCAAUCAUCAAGGCAGGUCUCAAGUCUACACCGCGAUUGGCGGGGGGCCCUGAAACAGAGAAGAGGAGGCGGGAGAUGACCAAGCGUUUGCUGGAAGACGUGAACAAACAUUUGAACUACGAAGGCCUUCUUGCUGCGUGCGAUGAUCAUGCGGCUAAGUGCGCUGUGUUGGGGCGUUGGCAUUAUCGCCAAACCCCAAGUGUUACUGCUUUUGAUAUCUCCUUGGCCGACUGCCUUUGCGGUGCAUGUCAGUUUUGCUUGGCUCUGAGGGCGUUCGCUGAAAGCAGAUCCCUCGCAGGGGCUCCCAACUGUAUUUGCUAUAUACACGAACGAGGAUGCGCAGGAAAGUCGGUGGCCUCAGGCACUUCUGGGGAGCUUGCUGGGAAAGUGGCAACCUUUGGAGGCACUCAUUACGGAGGGAGAGAUAUUCCGUGCAUUAGCUGUGAAUGUGAAGAAGACAGCAGCACGGCUAUUUUCACAAAGGGGACCGCAGUACUGCGACUGCCGAUCUGUCCCACGGCUUCUGCGGUAAUGAGAGUCCUUGCUCAAGGAGAGCCAAUAGAGGUCGCUGAGCUGCCCUGCGCGGAUGGGUUUGAGGCCUUCUGCGUCUGUGUAGUGCUUCUCAACAAGGGCCUGAUUCAGGUGGAACGGUAUUAG